AUGAGGUGGCACCGGUACACCCGCUCUGACUGGGCAUGGCUGGUGCUGACUUGGUUGUCUGUAAUGCUUUGUUUGGCAACCGCUACAGCCACACUUUCUAGGCAACAUGGCGCGGCCGCCUCAUCCGGUCAGGCAUCACUGGACUGGUUGCUUAGUAACAGGGGCCCGUUCCAUGGGGCCCAGCAAUACAUGGACUUUGCUGAGAGGUACCAACAAGGGUAUACCACCAGGUAUCGCGUUCACAGAGAGUUUGGUCGCUGGAAAGUGAAGAACAUGGCGCUGGAGAGUAAGGAAUUUCCAAACCUAACACUAGCUCCAGAGUUUGUCCGGAACAUCCGUCAGUUGGGAAGGAGACCCACCUCCUCGCAAAUCACAGAGAACUUGAUAAAGAAGUAUGGCACGCAUAUUCUACUUUCUGCUGUGCUGGGAGGUGAAGAGUCGCUCACCAUGUUCGUGGACAAGGGAAGAUUGAAGCGAGAAGCCGGAGUACGCGGGAACACAUCGGCCCCCACGUUGGAUACUCUACACCAGCUGGCAGCUUCAUAUUUCAUGGACCGGGAGAGUGCACUGAGGCAGCUGCACCAUAUUCAGAUCACCACGGGAGCCAUUAAGGUAACCGAAACGAGAACCGGUCCCCUCGGCUGCAGUAACUACGACAACCUGGACUCUGUCAGUUCCGUUUUAGUGAUGGGUCCUGAGAGCAAAGUGCAGCUUCUGGGGUUGCAGGCACUGCUUCCUCAGUACUUACGAGUUAGAUUUGUAAGAGCUGCGCUGUCCUACAUUUCAUGCAACUCCCAGGGAUGGAUGGAGUGCCAGGCGGGAGAAUGUUGGUGCCACUGCGAUGCUGCCUACCCACAAUGCAACUGCCCAACUGAAGACAUUCAAAUACUGGAGAAGAGCUUAACGCAGACACAGGAACAAGCAACUGGCCAGGAGAAAGAGUUUGAGGAAUCUGCAGAGUUUCGAGCUUUUCUGAAGAAUUUGCCAACCGACCGUUUCCUCAACAUCUCUACUAUUUCAAGACUUUGGAAUGUAGACCUCCAUCUCACCCGACGCUAUGAACAGUUAAGAGCAGGGUUCAAGCAGCUUCUGUCCAAGUGUCAACGCCAAAUGAGACGUCUGAUUAACCUUAGCAAACACUGCCUCCACCAGCCUCAGUAUACAUUACUGCGGGAAAGAUCAGUUUCUUAUUGGUGGCACCACAUCCAGUCCCUUCUCUAUUGCAGUGCAUCACUUGUGCCUGGCACAUUCCUGGAGGCUUCUCACAGCUGUACCUGUACUCUCCAGCAUCCCAACUGCCAGGGAAACAUUCCAUGCAUACAGGGACCUGGCUCUUUGUGUUCCCUCUGCUCAACAAUUCACCCUGCCCAGUGUGCCAGUUGCAAUCCUGGAUACACAUUAACAGCUCAAGGCCUUUGUGUGCCUUCAGUGCCUGAGUCCUCAGAACCUUACCUUGGGACAGAAGGCACUUUGCAGGACUUAGAAGUAAAGUACUUGCUUCUUAAACGGGAUGGACGCUUGAGAGCUCCAGCUUUCUUUAUCUCUGGAGAUCUCCGGCUAGGCAUGUGGUUUCAAAUGGGUGGCAGGAAGCGUAUGCUUCUAACCUGCAAAAGCAACAAACACUGGCCCAGGCAGUUGCAUCUACUUUUAGGACUUUCAAUGCGUCUCUGUCUUGCUGGGAAUGGCACACGAGACCCCCAAGUAACCGUCUAUGUGAAUCCCUUUGGAGGAAGUCACUCAGAAAGCUGGUUGCUGCCUGCUGGAGAACAAGGUUAUCCAAGUUGGGAGAAAACUUGGGACAUGGAAGGAGGAGACCGUUGCCAGAAUUGGACUUUGAUACUAGGCCACCGCUGGAGGUCAUUUUUUGAGACUGUCCAUUUUUACAUGAGAAGCAGUCCUUCGGAAGAAGAAGAAGGAGAGGAGGAUUCAGCAGAAUGGACUGACAAACAGACUUUGGAUGACAAAUUAGAAGAUCCUGAGUACGUUCGUAUUGACGGUCUUCAUGCUUUUGGUUACAGUGUACCCUUUGACCCAGAAGGCAUCAGGGGUUUAGCGCAGCAACUGGACCAACCUGGGUCCAGAGAAAUAGCACUGCUAGAAAUGCAAGAGCUAAGGAAGAGAGUGAAUUUCUUAUCACCACCAGGUGCCCGUAAACUGGAUCUAUUUAGCUGCUUACUGAGACACCGGCUGAAGAUGAGUAGCAAUGAAGUGGGAAGAAUACAGGCCCAACUUGCUUUAUUCAGCAGUCAACUUCCCAAUGGCUCCACAUAUGAGACAACAAAGCUCUGCAGCUAGAAGUUCAACUAUUGAAUUUCUUUUUCCCUUCAAUACAUGAGGCCCAAAAUGAUGUACAAUGUCUUCCUUUUGAGAAGUCAGUUCUUCAAACCACAUCUGUAUUCUUGGGUCUGCAGUAUCUUAUUAUUAUAUAUAUAAAAAUAAAAAAUAUGGUAUACAGAUGGUUAGAUCAGGAAAAAGGAUGGCAAGAAAACAUGGCAAAUUUUGAACCUACUCAAUACUAUCAAUUUUAUUGUGCAAAGAGAAUAAUGGCCAGUGUCAAGCGACUUAUUGAUAAAUUCUAGUGUAUGCAGCUCAUGUAGGGCAAGCUAAGUGUGCCGAGGUCAGUGCCAGCUGUGAUAGUUUCACCAAGGCAACAAAACUCUAGAAAAUAUCACAGCCAAAGCCAUAUUCGGAAGAACUGAUGAAUCCACAAAUUUCCUGUCUCCAGACCACUUGAGGACUUUACAGUUUCAUUUAUUGGGAUGACCCAAACAAAAAGAUAUCACGUAAAGAGAGAACACAAAAAUGCAGUAAAAUGAUUUUUUUUUUCAAAAAAGUGUCAAAUUUAAAUGUAUAUGACCUACUCAGAAAAUCGGGGUAUACAUAUAGCUUACUGUUAGUGUAACCUAACAGUGCAACUAUCUCCUAAAAAGCCUUAUUACUGUCACCAGUGACAUUUACAACAGUAUGCUUCAUCUGGUACAAAGGGGGUUAAUGGAGCUUAGUCGCUGAUUAUAUAAAAGGUCAUAAAUUUACAAAAACUGACAAAAAGCACAAGAAAAUAUAAGACUUUCCAGUGACCAUUGUGUGUUGAUGUUUUGAAUAUGUACACAUUCUGAGUGUGUCUGUGUGGACACAAGGUUUAGCGUGUGAUUAGGAAUAUCCAGGUCUUCUGUGUGUAUGGGCUUAAGACAACACAAGAAGGGAGCAGUGUAGUCCCCGAUGCAAUUUAGUGAUAUUUAAGUUGUGUGUAGACCUGGUAAUGAAUGCAGAUCUGUACCAGUGGAACAGAGGCCCAUUGAGUGACUUGCCUCAAGAAUACAGCCUAUGUUGUAAUAAGCCUUCUGAAGCCUAGCAGAGAGAUAAUAUAGUUUCUUCAAGGUCAAAAGAAGCCAGUAUUGGCAUAUACUAAAUACAUUCUAUCAAUGGACACAGGUUGAACUAAUUAUGCACUGUUGAGCAUGACAAAAGAUUAUUGGUUACUUUCUAAGCCAUUUGGCACGUAAAGUCUGUUUGUUUGAAUGUGCCAUAAGGUGAUUUAUAACCUACCUGUGGCCAUGUGUUUUCACAUAUUUGUAUCUCCAACAGGGCUCAAUAAAGAAAAGGAAGCUUUGUAGGCCUUUAUGUUUGCCAUUUCCCACUUGCUGCUAGAUGUUAAUGAGUUAGGUUAAUUAAGGACCGUUCUUUCUCUUGGUAAUUAUUUUCUGAAGAAGGUAUAUUUUU